CGUCCCCGCCCCGCUGUCCCCGCAGCCGCGCUGGCCGCAGCCCAGGUGACCUCGGAGGACCAGGAAGUGCCGGAGCACAAACCCGUGGAGAUUCGCUGCGCCGCGUUCCGCUCCAGCUCCGGCAGCGCCCGCAUCGAGUGGAAGUUCCAGAGGGGCUCGUCCCUGGCACUGAUCUACUACGGGGGGGAGCUCACGGAGCCGUACCGGGACCGUGUCCAGUUCUCGCCCACGUCCAUCCGGUUCCAGUCGGUGACGCGCGAGGACAGCGGGAAGUACAUCUGCGAGGUGGUGGGGGAUGGCAGCCACAUCGCCAAGUCCGAGGUCAACCUCAUCGUCCAGGUGCCCCCGGGGAAGCCGCUGGCACACGUGCCCAGCUCUGCCACGGUGGGCGCGCGGGCGGUGCUGCGCUGCUCCGAGGCGCAGGGCUCGCCGCCCCCCACCUUCCGCUGGUACAAGGACGGCACCGAGCUGCCCCAGGACCCCAAAUCCAGCCCCGCCUUCCGCAACUCCUCCUACAGCCUGGACCCGCGCACGGGGGAGCUGGUCUUUGAGCCCGUGGGGGGCUGGGACACGGGCGAUUAUCACUGCGAGGCCUCCAACAACGUGGGCACCCCCCAGAAAUCCGACGUCUUCCGCAUGGAAGCCAGCGAGGUGAACGUGGGCGGCAUCGUGGCCGCCGUGGUGCUGCUGCUCCUGGUCCUGGCGCUCGCUGCCUUCGGCGUCUGGUUCGCCUACAGGCGCGGCUACUUCAGCAAAAAAACAGAUGCCGGCGGGAAGAAGGUGAUUUACAGCCAGCCCUCGCGGCGCAGUGAGGUGAGGACACGGGGACACCGCGGGGACACCGCGGGGACACCGCGGGGACACCGGGACCUGCCACCGCCCUGGCGGGGACACCCCAGAGGCAGAGGGACACCCCGGUGUCCCUUGGCAGGAGGGUCCUGGGGGGUGGUGGGGGGGAUGGUGUCACCCGUGGUGUCCCCAUGGAUGUCACCAUGUCCCCAGUGAUGUCCCCAGUGACGUCACCAUGUCCCUAUUAAUGUCCCCAGUGUCCCUGGGGGGUGGUGCUGGAGGGAGGGGGCUCCCUGUCCCCAUUGAUGUCCCAUUGUCCCCUCUGAUGUCCCUUUUAGUGUCCCUGUGUCCCCAGUGGUGUCCCUCUGUUCCCCAUUGAUGUUCCUGUUGAUGUCCCGUUAUUGUCCCUGGUGUCCCCAUUGAUGUCCCAUCUCUGUCCCCAUCAAUGUCCCUUUACUGUCCCUGUCCCUAUGGAUGUCCCCAUGUCCCCAUGGCUGUCCCUG